GGAUGGGCUGCGGAGGGGCGCCGGCGCGCCUCCUCGCUUGCGGGCUGCGGGAGCCCCCACGCAGCGCAGGGCAGUUGAAUCCCGCCCGCGGCGGAGCGAAGGACCGGGACGCGAUUUAUUUGCUGCAUUCCCAGGGACGUCGCUUCCACCUGCGAGCGAGUUUGAGCGGUCGGCUGUGGAUUUUAUGGUUGCUUCUCCGCAAACCAAGGGUUAGCCGGGUGGCUUUGGCUUUUUGGGAAGGAGCCCUGCCCCGGCCCGCUGUGUGCGAUGGAUUGAGGCGUGCCCGGCUGCGCCCCCAGCCCGGCCGCCGCCCGCAGCCCACAUCGAUGCGAUGGAAAGUCGGGGGCUGUUCUGCACCCUCUGUUACCUGAUGUUCAACGCGCCUCUGCUGUUCAUUGUCACCGCUACCUUUACUGAAGUUCCCAAAGAUGUGACUGUUAGGGAGGGAGAUGAUAUUGAGAUGCCUUGUGCUUUCCGAGCCAGCGGAUCCACCUCUUACUCCUUGGAAAUCCAGUGGUGGUACCUUAAAGAACCAGCCAGAGAACUUGCACACGAAUUAGCCAUCAGUGUCCCUGGCAGCAGGAGCAAGGUAACAAAUAAGGAUGCAACCAAAAUCAGUACGGUCCGCGUCCAGGGCAACGACAUCUCUCACCGGCUGCGGCUCUCGGCGUGCGGCGGCAGGAAAGGCGCGUACCAAUGCCGCGUGUCGGACUACAGCGACGACGAGACCAGGAGCACAAGGCUCAGGCGCCUGCUGCGCGUCUGUCGCUUCGCGCCGCCCGACGUGCCAGGCGGCCGAGCGGUGUCCCACAAUCCCAGAGCGGGCUGCCCCCGCCGCCCGGCCCCGCCGCCGCGCCCCACCCGCCCGCCCGGCCCCGACAGCGCCGCCGCCGCCCUCGCGCCGGCCCGGCACAAGGGGGGCACCGCCGCCAGCGCCACCGCCGCCACUGUCACCGCCUCGACGGCCGCCGCUGCCGCCUCCUCGGCCUCGCCGCCGCCCGGGCAGACCAGCCAUCCUCCGCAGCAGCCCGGGUCAGGUACAGGACCUAUUUAUGCUACAGACCCACUCCUAUACGUGUCCCUGUUAAUACUGCAUAAGCUUGUACAUUUAUUAGUAAACCACUGACGGACUACUCCCUCCACUCCUCCUCUGCCAAACAGAAAGGAACCUAUUUAAUAACAAACAAAAUCCCUGACAAAAAAAAAUACCUACAGUUUUAAAGAUGGACAGAAAGAAACUGAAAGAAGCAUGAUAAAUUCUACAUGGGGGGAAAAACAUAUUUUUUGGGAUGCCACAGAAAAGUAAAUCACAUAGAAUAAUGCAUCUAGUUUCCAGACUCUAUGGUGUAAAGCCCUGCUCUGUGCAUGGCACUUAUGAUUUCUCUAUUUUAAUGUAAUAUUUUUUCUUUUCUAAACCUUUCCUCUGACUCUUCAUUUUGCACGAACUGUUGAGCAGUUAUCUUUAUGACAAUAUGUAAAGAUGUUGGGUCAAACCCUUCCUAAGAAAGGAAAUAUUUUUAGUAGAUUAUUGUGUUUAGGUUUUUUGGAUUUCCUUUUUCUUUUUUAAUUAAAUUAUUUCUUUUGGAGACAUAAAAAAGGUACAUCUUACCAUAAUUAAUAUUCACUGUCAAUAAUAUUUAUUUUUAAAUGAAGAUUGGAAACAAGGUAAGACAUUUGUUUAUAAACUGUAUUGUAUAUUGCUGAAUAACAGUUGAAUAAAAAGAUUUUGAAAUAAAGUUUUUACAGA